CCCCGCCGGCCCCGGCCCCGGCCCGGCCCGCGGACGUGUCGUGGCGCUUUGCCCCGCCCGGGGGUGGAGGCGGCGAGCGGUGAGCAAGGGGCAGGCAGCCCCAGCUCAGCAGAUGGGGGGAACUUGUCACAGGCAGGAAGAGACCUGGAUUCCGCACUGGCUGGCGAGCUACAGCUGAGAAACGAGCCAUUUGUCAGAGGAACAUCAGGAAGGGAAAUGGCUGCAGAUGGCUGUGUUCAGGCCCUGGUCACAUUUGAUGAUGUUGCUGUCUAUUUCUGUAAGGAGGAAUGGGAGGAGCUAGCGGAAUGGCAGAAGGAGCUCUACAGGGACGUUAUGAGGGACAACUAUGAGACUUUGAUCUUCCUGGUGCCAGGUCAUGCAGCUACAAAACCUGCCCUUAUCUGGCUGAUAGAACAAGGGGAAGAGCCAUGUGCCCAGACUUGCCAGGACUCAGGGGAAGGAGGCAGUUCUAGUUACAUUUCCUCAGCCAAUGAGCUUGUCUCAAGAAAUAAUGACAAGGAGUCUCCAGAGAGGUUGGGCAAGCACAGGACCUCGCCACGAGCCAGAGCAAGUGCUUUCCCAGACUGCGGCGGGGGUGUGGGCAAGGGUCAGCCUGGCUCAGAAGGACAGCAGGGGAAGCCAGCAGGAACCCGAAGCUGUGGAGCGAAUCGGUGUGGCAGAGGGUUCAGUGAAGUGGAAGAUGCCGCUGCCUCCGCGAGAACCCCCCCCGAGCAGAGGCUGCACUGCUGUAUGGAAUACAGUGAACGCUCUCCUCACCCGUCGCAUGUAACCUCUCACUUCAGAGCCCAUGCUGGGGAGAAACCCCAUAAGUGCCCCACCUGCGAGAAGGAAUUUGGCCGGCGUGCACACCUUAUUCAGCAUCAGCAAGUGCACACGGGUGAGAGACCCUACAGCUGCCCCGAGUGCGGGAAGAGCUUCAGUCGGAGCUCAAAGCUUAUGGAACACCAGAGACUCCACACGGGGGAGAGACCCUACAAAUGCUCUGAGUGCCAGAAAAGCUUCAGCCAGAGCUCCAGACUGAUCAAACACCAGAGAAUUCACACGGGGGAGAGGCCCUUCAAGUGCACCAGGUGUGAGAAGAGCUUUGCAGAGAGCACGAGCAUGCUGCAGCAUUACAGAGUCCACACCGGAGAGAGGCCCUAUACAUGCAGCUACUGCCAGCAGAGCUUCAGCCGAGGCUCGCGGCUGGCGGAGCACCAGAGGGUCCACACUGGGAAAAAGCCCCAUCAGUGCGGCGAGUGCGGGAAGAGCUUUGGGAACCGCUCAACCCUCACCACCCACUACAGGACCCACACGAGCGAGAGGCCUUUCACGUGCAGCGAGUGUGAGAAGAGCUUCAAGCAGGGCUCGGCGCUGAUCGCGCAUCGGAGGAGCCACACCGGAGAGAGGCCCUUUACAUGCACAGAGUGUGGGAAAAGCUUUGCUCUGAGCUCACACCUGAUCAAGCACCAGAGAAUCCACACAGGGGAGCGCCCCUUCCAGUGCCCAGAGUGUGAGAGGAGCUUCGUGCGGAACUCACACCUCACCGAGCAUCGUCGGAUCCACACAGGGGAGAGACCCUACCAGUGUCCUGAAUGCAAGAGGAGCUUCCGCCGCAGCUCCCGGCUCAUUGAGCACCAGAGGAUCCACACAGGAGAGAGACCCUACAAAUGUCCCCAGUGCGAGAAGAGCUUCAGCCGCAGCUCGGCCCUCAGCGAGCACCGCCUCCGAGUCCAUACGGAGGAGGGCGCUGUGGAGGAGGACAGCCCCUCUGAUCAGCCAAACGCCCCCAGGAGCGACCCUGGAAGGGAAAGACGCUACCAGUGCGGCAAAUGCGAGAGAAGCUUCUUUCGGAGAUCCCAUUUUGUUGAACACCGCAGAGUCCACACAGGAGAGAGGCCCUUUAAGUGUCCCGACUGCAAGAGAGGCUUCCGCUCCAGCACAACCCUUACUAAACACUCCAGAACCCAUACAGGGGAAAAGCCUUACAAGUGUUCUGCAUGUGAGAAAUGCUUUGUCCACUGCUCCAAGCUGAUGGCGCAUCAGAGGAGCCACACCGCAGAGAAACCCUUUAAAUGCAAUGAGUGCGAGAAAAGCUUCACUCAGAAGUCGGGUCUCAUAGAUCAUCAAAGAAUCCACACGGGAGAAAAACCUUAUCGAUGUCCCACCUGUGAGAAAAGCUUCAGCAGGAGCUCGACGCUCAUUCAGCAUCAGAAAAUCCACAUGACAGACAAACCCUAUAAGUGUCCUGAGUGUGAGAGAGGCUUUAGACGACACGCGCAUCUGAGAAAACAUCAGAAAACCCACGCACCAUAGGACCUGGCUGCAUUUAACAAAAAGAGCUAGCCGUUGAAGGCAGAUGUGUUUCCGUGACCUCGGAAAGGCAGCGUUCGGGAAGUGCCAUUGGCAGUAUUUCUAGAGGGUGGAAGACUUGUUUCAUGAAGAAAAAAGAAUAAUCGUAUUUUGGGACAAUUGGGAACGAACAAGGAAAUUCCAUGCAGAAAACUAGUGCUGUGGAACGUUGAGGUUGAGAAAACAAGCUGUCCAAAGCCAGGCAAUGCAGAGUUAAGUGCGGUCCUCUUGUGCUUAUCCCUUUACAAACAGGAUUUCUCUUGAUUAUAAAAAGAUUUGCCAAUGAAUGUAAUUGAUGACAAACAAGAAUUUCUUAUGCAGCCCUACAGACAAUAUAUUACAGUAUAGCAUAGCUGAGUCAAGAGGGUUGGCUAGAUUUUUUUAAGUCUCAGUGAGGUCUGCAAGACAAGUGAAGGUCAAUGUUCAAUGACUACACAGUAGCAAAUAUUAUAAACUGACUGGCACAGAGUGUGAAGUGAUCAGGUGUUUGAGGUUCUCAGUGGCAGGGGCAUGAGAAUGAAGCCCUUACUCCCACUGUGGUGAAAUUCACUUCUCCGCAAAAGGCCAGCAUCAUGUACUCCCUAUAAGGGCUUAAGUGGUACAUAAGCCAGGCACAGGCCUUCUGCAUGAAAUGAAUUUCCCCAUCUGAAGACCCCUGACUCAUGUGAGUAGUACGCCAAUGUGAAUAUUUGCACGAUUGGUUCCCGUAACAGGGUGGCAGUUCUCUUCUAUUGGAACCCCUGCAAAAAACUGUCUGAGUGGGUCCAGCUGACUCAUUGUGCUGCCGCAUGUCCUGUUAAUUUCCACCAAUGCUCUAGAGGCCUUCUGGGCACAGGGAAUGAGAGUCUGGGAUGCAGAAGGUCCUGCCGGGAUUACGCAGCCUGGAGGAAAAAGCUCACACUGAGGUUAUGUUUUAUUGUUGCAGCUACUUGUUAAAAAAAUAUUGCCAAAUGUUUUUGGAUGGGAGAUAACUUAAUUUGGAAACAGACUUUCAGGGGAAAUUUUAUUUUUUUUCUAAGUUUCUUUCUACACCUGAACCAUCUCUCUGCAGCCAUCAGGACUAGAAACUUUUUUUUAAAGGUGAUAACUGAGAACCUCAGUUUAUAACCUGAUUCCAGCCAUUGGGCUUUAGGAAAGGGACCAAAUAUUACAAGGCUUACCAUCUGGCAAGACUGCUAGUCUCAGCUAUGGGUAUUCAAAACAUUUCCAUCAAGAGUGGAAUAGUGUUUGCUUUCCUUGAGCAUUUUUUUUAAACUGGAAAACUUUCAGUUUUUGGAAGCUUUCAGCCAAAAAAUAAGCAGUUUUUGACAAAGUCUAAGUUUUCUGGGGCAAAGUUACAUAAAAGUGAAAAAAAAUGAUCAAUUUUUCAUGGCAAAAAUCCCGUGAAAGAGCAGCCCGCUGCCUGGUGCGCGCCCUGGAGCCUGAGCCCACAUAGCAAGUUUCUUCUUCUCCCUGCCCCUGUCAGCAGCCUUUCUGGACACCUAGUGGUUCACCGCUUCCAACAAGUUAAUCCUCCAGCGAGUUCACCCUUUCAGGUACCAAAUUCCGAGUCGAAACCACAGUCUCAGUAUCUGUGGGCCCCCUGCUUGGGCCCUCAGGCCUUCCCCUGGGAUUCUGAAAACAAUGACAAAUCUAACAGUGUUACCCAGCGUCUCCAGCCCCAGCACACUCACCACCUUAGUCCAUUCCAGUCACUCAUCCUCACUGCACCCUCUUUUGUGGCCACCACACCAAGAGUCUUCAUCUCCUGCAGCCUCUGUUUACUUCUGGCCUAGGUUUUCUACCUCCUGCAACCACCUCGGUCACUUGGGCCUCUUUCCAAGGACUCAUGCCUCUCGGCCGUUAGGGCCCACUGCUAGCAGCCUGGUCAGUGCCCUUCCUGGGUCCUAGUUCCUUCUGUCAGACCCAGGACUUCCUCCUGGCUUCCCCCUUCCAGCUGUUGGGCUUCCUUCUUGAUAAUUUUGCCCUUCCCCAGGUGCAGGAACAGCAGGGCUAAUUAAGGCCUUGUCUGCAUCUUUAACCCAUUCCUGAAUCCUACUUCCCUUACAUGGACUCCCUGGGAGCUGUGUGUGUGUGUGUGGGGGGGAUUGACCCCACUCCCCCAUUCCGGGCAGCACUAGUCCAAGAUAGUACAGGAGGGUGACCCAGAUGCUCACGUAGUCACUUUGACGUGGAUAGCUGCUGCAGCUCAGUGAGAGAAGGCAUCCUAGAAUAUCAUAGAAACACAGGACUGGAGAGGACCUCAAGAGGUCAUCUAGUCCAGUCCUCUGCACUCAUGGCAGGGUUAAGUAUUAUCUAGACCAUCCCUGACAGGAGUUUGUCUAACUUGCUCUUAAAAAUCUCCAAUGAUGGAGAUUCCACAACCUCCUUAGGCAAUUUAUUCCAGUCCUUAACCACCCUGACAGUUAGGAAGUUUUUCCUAAUGUCCAGCCUAAACCUCCCUUGCUGCAAUUUAAGCCUAUUGCUUCUUGUCCUGUUUUCAGAGGUUAAAGAAAACUAUUUUUCUCCAUCCUCCUUGUAACAACCUUCUAUGUACUUGAAAACUGUUAUGUCCCCACUGAGUCUUCUCUUCUCGAGACUGAAAAAAUUGGGUUUUUUUAAAUCUUCCCUCAUAGGUCAUGUUUUCUAGACCUUUAAUAAUUUUUGUUGUUCUUCUCUGGACUUACUCCAAUUUGACCACAUCUUUCCUGAAAUGUGGAGCCCAGACCUGGACACAAUACUCCAGCUGAGGCCUAAUCAGCGCAGAGUAGAGCGGAAGAAUUACUUCUCGUGUCUUGCUUACAACACUCCUGCUAAUACAUCCUAGAAUGAUGUUUGCUUUUUUUUUCAACAGUGUUACACUGUUGACUCAUAUUUAGCUUGUGAUCCACUAUGACCCCCAGAUCCCUUUCCCCAGUACUGCUUCGUAGGCAGUCAUUUCCCAUUUUGUAUGUGUGCAACUGAUUGUUCCUUCCUAAGUGGAGUACUUCGCAUUUGUCCUUACUGAAUUUCCUAUUUACUUCAGACCAUUUCUCCAGUUUGGCCAACUCAUUUUGAAUUUUAAUCCUAUCCUCCAAAGCACUUGCAACCCCUCCCAGUUUGAUAUUGUCUGUAAACUUUAUAAGUGUACUCUCCAUGCUAUUAUCUAAAUCGUUGAUGAAGAUAUUGAACAGAACCGGACCCAGAACUGAUCCCUGUGGUACCCCAUUUAAUAUGCCGUUCCAGCUUGACUAUGAACCACUGAUAACUUGUCUCUGGGAGCGGUCUUCCACCUAGGUUGUAUUUCCCUAGUUUGUUUAUGAGAAGGUCAUGCGAGACAGCAUCAAAAGCCUUGCUAAAGUCAGGAUAUAUCCAUCUGGCCUCUUUGGUGAUGGGAUGCACAGGCUGCUUACCAGGCUUUGGAUGAGCAUGAAGUCAUAGAGCCUUUGGGAAUUGGGACUAGGUUCAAAAUAUCUUAAUCCCCACCCAUCCGUUCCCCAUCACGUGACCUUUCAUUCCCGCUCGCUGGGUUUAUGUCAGUCACAUGGCUCAGGUUGGUGGAUUGUCUUUAUCCAGGGCUGCUUUGCAUAACACAAAAGGAAUCCUGAGGCUGAUUGGCCAAUUUGAUAGCAACAUAAGAGUAAACAUUUAGAAAUUAGGUCUGUCGAUUAAUUGCAGUUAUUAACUCAUGCAAGUAACUCAAAAAAAUAAAUCGCGACUCAUCGCACUGUUAAACAAUAGAAUACCAGUUGAAAUUUAUUAAAGUUUUUGGGUGUUCUUCUACAUUUUCAAAUAUAUUGAUUUCAAUUACAACACAGAAUACAAAGCAUACACAGCUCACUUUAUAGUAUUUUUGAUUACAAAUAUCUGCACUGUAAAAGUGACAAACAAAAGAAAUAGUAUUUUUCAAUUCACCUCAUACAAGCACCAUGGUGCAAUCUCUUUAUCGUGAAAGUGCAACUUACAAAUGUAGGGUUUUUUGUUACAUAUUUAAUUAACGCAUUAUUUUUUUAACAAGUGUCUUCAGCAUGGAAGCUUGUCCUCUGGAAGGAUGGCCGAAGCUCUGAAAGUUUAGGGCAUCUGGCAUGUAAAUAUCUUGCGAUGGCAGCUACAACAGUGCCAUGCGAACUCCUGUUCUCACUUUCAGGUGACAUUGUAAUUAAGAAGCGGGCAGCAUUAUCUCCAGUAAAUAUAAACAAGUUUGUUUCUCUUAGGUUUCAGAGUAGCAGCCGUGUUAGUCUGUAUCCACAAAAAGAAAAGGAGGACUUGUGGCACCUUAGAGACAAACAUUUGUUAGUCUCUAAGGUGCCACAAGUACUCCUUUUCUUUCUGUUUCUCUUAGCAAUUGGAUGAACAAGAAGUAGGACUGAGUGACUUUCAGACUCUAAAGUUUUACUUUGUUUUGUUUUUGAAGGCAGGGGUUUUUUUGUACAUAAUUCUACAUUUGUAUGUUCAACUUUCAUGAUAAAGAGAUUGCACUUGUAUUCGUUGAAUUGAAAAAUACUAUUUCUUUUUUUUUACAGUGCAAAUAUUUGUAAUCAAAAAUAAAUAUAAAGUGAACACUGUACACUUUGUAUUCUGUGUUGUAAUUAAAUAUAUUUGAAAAUGUAGAAAACAUCCAAAACUAUUUAAAUAAAUGGUAUUCUAUUAUUGUGUAACAGUGUGAUUAAUCACAAUUCAUUUUUUUAAUUAUGUGAUUAAUCACGAUUAAUUUUGUUAAUUGUUUGACAGCUCUAUUCAAAAUUCAGUGUCCUAAAGGAAGGUGGGUUGCAUUCAGGCAGCUGCCAUCUCUCUGCAACACAAGGAGUUAUAGACCAGGUUUUUAAAGGUAUUGAGAUGCCUAACUGCCAUUGAAAUUGAUGGGAACUAGGUACAUAAGCACCUUUAAAAGUCUGGGCCCAUGUGCCUGCUGUUAGCUGCCAGUCCAGUUCACAAGCACUGACUGCUUUUCCCCUAGGUACUCUUAGCACUGGGAUCCUUAGAUCUUGCCUGCACAAGAAAGGUGCUGCAGUUUAACUUAACCUGAUUUUGUUAAAUCAGGUACAGCUACAAAUGCCUCUUAGGCCAAGGUAAAAGUGGCUCAUUUGGGUUUAACUGUAACCUGUUCCCCGUUGACUUAAGCUAAACCAAAAUAAGCUGCUGUUACUGAGUGUGUCCGGGGAGGGUUUUGCAUUGAUUUAACUAAAUAGGCAUAAAAUCACAUCUACAGGCCUUGUUUCCACCCAGACAUAGUGCUGUGUCAGCCAUAGCAGUAUAGUUAAGGCGGUACACCUGCCCCUCACGUGGAUGCAGUUAAACCAGUGUAAAGGUCCUUACAAUGGUAUAGCUUAUUCUAUACAGGAAGGGGAAUAAAUUAUACUCUACUAAGGCACUUUAUACAGUAUAACGCUCCACACUAGGUGUUCUACUGUAGAACUAGAUUGGUAAGAAAUCACCUCCCUCUCUCCACCUGGCAUAGUUACAGCCGUACAAACACUGCGCCUACAGACAGGUUUCAGAGUAGCAGCCGUGUUAGUCUGUAUCCGCAAAAAGAAAACGAGGACUUGUGGCACCUCAGAGACUAACCAAUUUAUUUGAGCAUAAGCUUUCGUGAUGAAGUGAGCUGUAGCUCACGAGAGCUUAUGCUCAAAUAAAUUUGUUAGUCUCUGAGGUGCCACAAGUCCUCCUUUUCUCACUGUGCAUACAGCAGGUCUUAAGUUAAGCUUCACUGCACCUUACUUCUGUUGAUGAGCGCUUAGUUUGGUGGCAGGACUGCAGGGGUUGUGAACUUGUUUUGCAGGGAGAGUCGUUCCCAUUUCAAACAUGACUUUAUAGAUGUGGGUCUCACAGCUUUAGUAUAUAGAGAGUGGAAAUAGCAACUGAAAUGUAUUUAUAAUCCUUUCCUCUCACUUGUAUCCAGCCCCCUUGCAUGUAAGUGUGAUGGUUGUUUUGUUAUAAUGCUGUUUAUUAAAGCAUAAAAUGCAA